AAUAGCUGAACAACUUUUUACCACUCACCACUAUUUGACCAUUGGACCUCUAAAUAUGGAAGGUUUCUUUGGAACGCAAAUAUUCCAACGGAGGUUUUCUUUUUGCCAAAACAUAUGGCAGAAAUCAUGCUCCACCUUGCUCCCGCUUUCAUUUCCUGCGUUCUCACCUUAUUGCUUUUGCUUCUCCACUGCAAUUCCCUCUCCCAUGACGGCGAAAUUCUGUUUAAAAUAAAAAAGGAAGAUUGGAAUGAUGCGCGUAAUGCUUUGAGUAGCUGGAAUCAAUCUCACCCAAAUCCAUGUGCUUGGAAAGGAAUAUCCUGCGAUACAUUCAACAGCGUCAUCACUGUUGAUCUCGCGGGUUCCUCCAUUUCUGGCAACCUCACUUAUGCUCUAUGCGGCCUUCCUAAUCUCACGAUGUUAAUUCUCCAGGACAAUACUUUCAGCGGUCCCUUCCCCAUUGGCCUCUUGCAAUGCAAGCGUUUGCAGAUGCUAGAUUUGUCGAGUAACCAGUUUGCUGGUACGCUGCCCAGUCGUAUCUCCGAAUUAAGCAAGUUGAGAGUGUUGAACCUGGCAUAUAAUGCUUUCAUUGGCUCCGUUCCUCCAGCCUUCGGAAUGCUGUCAAUGCUCGAAGCUCUCUUCCUCCACGACAAUAGUUUGAGCGGAGCAUUCCCUCAUUUUGUCGGGAAAUUGAAGUUUCUGAAGAACCUCACGUUUGAUAAUAAUCCUCUGCGUGCUGGUGAGCUACCCAGUGAGCUUGGCAAUUUAAAGCAACUACAGCAGUUAUGGCUACAGAACUGUAGUCUUCUGGGCGGAAUCCCGAAUUUCUUGGGCAAUUUAACGCAGCUAGAGGAAUUGGAUUUGUCGCUGAAUCAUCUCUCGGGUGAGAUCCCUACCAGUUUAAUGGCUCUCUCAAAUUUGACGGACUUGUUCCUCUAUGGCAACAAUUUGUCUGGCCAAAUUCCUGCCAACAUUGGUCAACUGAGGAGCAUGUACAGUUUGGAUUUUGGCGACAAUCAACUUUACGGCACAAUUCCCGAGGGAGUCUCCAAUCUCACAUAUUUGAAUUCUCUGCAUUUGUAUAACAAUCGGCUGACCGGAGAGAUACCUGCUGAGCUCGGCAAGCUGCGCUACUUGAGUUAUUUGAAGCUGUUCGGCAACAAGCUCAGUGGAUGGUUGCCACAGAGUUUGGGUACAUUCUCCAAUCUCAUUCUUGUUGAUCUGGAAGGAAACGAAUUGGAAGGCCCUCUGCCGAAGAAUCUGUGUCAACGAGGAGUCCUCUACAGCUUUCUUGGCUCUUCAAACAAAUUCAAUGGUAGUCUGCCUAAGUCCUUCGAAAACUGCAGUACUGUAGAGUAUCUGUACAUCAAGAACAAUCAUCUGAGCGGUGAGAUUCCUCCUGGGCUCUGGGGUGCUUCCAAUCUCAAGGAAUUGUUUCUCAGCAACAAUAAGUUUGAAGGCCAGAUUUCAGCUGCAAUCGGCGAAGCGAAGAAUCUGAGUCGGUUGGAGAUAAGCAACAACCGGUUCGAAGGAAGAAUCCCUCCACAAGUUGGACAGCUGAUAAAUCUUCAAGUGUUUGAAGCCAGCAACAACUCUUUGUCAGGCCCCAUUCCAGAUGAGCUCAUGGGAUUGAGUUUGGUCAGUACCCUCCAACUGGACCAUAAUUUUCUGUCAGGAGAAAUUCCCAAGGAAAUAAUGUCCCUAAAGCAACUAAGUCAGCUCAAUUUGGGCCACAAUCGACUUACGGGCGAAAUUCCUGCAGCUCUGAACGACAUCAUGAACAGUCUCGAUCUGUCAAACAAUUUGCUUUCUGGUGGAGUUCCACCCGAAUUAGGAAACCUGAAACUGAAUGUUUUCAAUGUCUCCAACAAUGCCUUGUCUGGACGCAUUCCUGACGCUCUCGAUAUUCCGGCUUACAAGGAGGGGUUUGUGGGCAAUCCGAGGCUAUGCGGAGGCCGGAAUUUGAUGCUAUCUUCGUGCACCUCUGCACAUAAGUUAUCACCUAAGAAUUUGUCACUCUUUCUGGUAAUGCUUUUACUCAUGCUAGCUGUGGUCUUGGGCUUCAUUUAUUUAUAUUGUGCGUAUGUCAGGAAGCCAUCCCAAUCCGCAGAAAUGGACGAGUUAUCGAUCCUCAGCAAUCUUAAGGAGAGUGGACCGAGUGGAUUCCAAGGUCAUUCUGAACUAAUGGUAGCCACUGAAAAACCCAGCCCACGAAAGAAGUGAAUUUACAUACAGGCAUGAGAAAAUUGUGGAGAAAUCAAAAGCCUGAACUCAAGUACCCAAGUGGGGCAUCCCCUUGACUUGAUAUACAUAAAUAAAAUCUACUUGUAAAACGUAGGGUUUGUAUGGUUUGUAUGGGUUUCUAUUAGAAGAGUUAACAAUUAGAUAAGGAAACUUCCUUCUUAAAAUCUGGUUUUACUAGACCAGCAAUAGCGCCUUUGGACGUCAUGUUGGCAAAUAUCUAUUUUAAUUAUCGUAAGUGUUACUUAUUAAA